AAGGAUUUUUUUUGUUGUGACAGCGGAGUACCAACCCGGCGCGGAGACGGUUUUGCUCAUCUUGGAUCAGCCAUGGCCUUCAGCAAAGGGUACCGCAUUUACCACAAGCUGGACCCACCACCGUACAGUGUAAUAGUGGAAACAAGGACCAGGGAGGAAUGCCUCAUGUUUGAAUCUGGUGCUGUUGCUGUUCUGUCGGCAGCGGAAAAGGAGGCCAUUAAAAAUACCUACAGUAAAAUUUUUGAUGCCUAUGGGAUCCUUGGAGUUCUACGCCUAAACCUGGGUGACUCGAUGCUCCACAGUCUCGUGGUCGUAACAGGAUGCAGCUCUGUGGGCAAGGUGCAGGAUUCAGAGGUGUUCAGGGUCACACAGACGGACUUCAUAUCGCUGAAGAAUGAUGCAGGAGACGAGGACCGGAUUGCUGAGGUGCGCAAGGUCCUAAACUCAGGACACUUCUACUUUGCCUGGUCUGCCACUGGAGUCAGCAUGGACCUGAGUCUGAACGCACAUCGCAGGAUCUUAGAAGACACUACAGACAAUCGCUUCUUUUGGAAUCAGUCUCUGCACUUGCACCUUAAACAUUAUGGAGUAAACUGCGACGACUGGCUGCUGAGGCUGAUGUGUGGCGGCGUGGAGAUCCGGACUAUCUACGCUGGCCACAAACAGGCCAAGGCCUGUAUCUUCUCUCGCCUCAGCUCGGAGCGAGCCGGCACGCGGUUCAACGUUCGAGGAACAAAUGAUGAUGGGCAGGUGGCCAACUUUGUGGAGACUGAACAGGUUAUUUUCCUGGAAGACAAAGUCUCAUCCUUCAUCCAGAUUCGGGGCUCCAUUCCACUUUUCUGGGAACAGCCAGGAAUCCAGGUGGGUUCUCAUCGUGUUAAGCUCUCAAGGGGAUUUGAGGCAAAUGCGCCAGCUUUUGAGAGACACUUUUCAGCCUUGAGGCAGUUGUAUGGAAAGCAGGUAAUUAUCAACCUGCUUGGUAGUAAGGAAGGGGAACAUAUGCUCAGCAAAGCUUUUCAGAGUCACCUGAAGGCGUCCGAGCAUGCAAACGCAGUGAAGAUGAUAAACUUUGACUACCAUCAAAAUGUACGGGGUGGUAAAGCUGAUAAACUCCACAGUGUCCUGAAACCCCAGCUGAACAAAUUUGUCGACGAGUGCGGAUUUUUCUACUACUCUGGUGAAACAGGCAUUGUGAGGACUCAGGGGGGGACCAUGAGGACAAACUGCCUGGACUGUUUGGACAGAACUAACAGCGUUCAAGCCUUUUUUGCCCUUGAGAUGCUGCCUAACCAGUUAGAACAGAUGGGUCUGACAGAGAAGCCGCAGCUGGUGGCCAGGUUUCAGGAGGUCUUUAGGACCAUGUGGUCUCUGAAUGGUGACUCCAUCAGCAAGAUCUAUGCAGGCACUGGUGCCCUGGAUGGCAAAGCUAAGCUCAAAGAUGGAGCACGUUCAGUGACGCGGACCAUCCAGAACAACUUCUUUGACACGUCCAAGCAGGAGGCUAUAGACAUCUUGAGGCUGGGCUCCACACUCAACAGUGAUCUGGCAGAUAAAGCUCGGGCCUUGCUCACCACUUCCAGUCUUUAUGUCACUGAGCCUGUCUUACAAUCAGCCUCUCCAAGAGUAUUGCUGGGAAUGUGUCAGAGCUACCACAAAUACACAAGGCCCAAGAAAAUCAGAGUGUGUGUUGGCACCUGGAAUGUCAACGGGGGUAAACAGUUUCGCAGCAUUGCUUUUCGAAACCAAACGCUUAACGACUGGCUGCUGGAUGCUCCAAAAAAGGCAGGCCAUCCCGAGUUCCAGGACAGCAAAGCCAACCCCAUUGAUAUCUUUGCCAUUGGUUUUGAAGAAAUGGUUGAACUGAAUGCUGGGAACAUUGUCAGCGCCAGCACUACAAACCAGAAACUCUGGGCAGCUGAACUCCAAAAAAACAUUUCAAGGGACCACAAGUACGUUCUGCUCGCUUCCGAGCAGCUUGUCGGAGUGUGUCUGUUUGUGUUUAUUCGCCCACAACAUGCACCCUUCAUCAGGGAUGUAGCCGUUGACACGGUGAAAACUGGAAUGGGUGGAGCUACGGGUAAUAAGGGAGGAGUAGCCAUACGUUUGCUGUUCCACACCACCAGUAUCUGCUUCCUCUGCUCCCACUUUGCAGCUGGCCAAUCACAGGUCAAGGAGAGGAACGAUGACUACAACGAGAUCACUCGCAGACUAAGCUUCCCCAUGGGUCGUCUGCUGUCCGCACAUGAUUACGUGUUCUGGUGCGGAGACUUCAACUAUCGAAUCAACUUGCCCAACGAGGAGGUGAAAGAUCUCAUCAAGCAGCAGAACUGGGAUGCUUUGACUGCUGGGGAUCAGUUGCUAGAACAAAAGAAUGCUGGAAUGGUCUUUCGAGGUUUCAUUGAGGGACAGGUAGAUUUCCCCCCUACGUAUAAGUAUGACCUCUUCUCAGAAGACUAUGACACCAGUGAGAAGUGCCGCACACCAGCCUGGACUGACCGCAUACUUUGGAAAAGGAGAAAGUGGAACUUUAACAAGACAGCAGAGGACGUGAAUGUUGUAGGCAUAGCCUCUACAUCAGGGGAGACUGAGGAUGAUCCAGAGCCCUGGAGCCCUGGUACUUUGAAGUACUACGGCAGGGCUGAGCUCAAGACUUCCGACCACAGGCCUGUGGUGGCAGUAAUAGAUGUGGACAUCCUAGAGGUGGACCCAGAGGCACGGCACCAGGUCUACAAAGAUGUCAUUGCCAGACAGGGGCCACCAGAUGGCACCAUCUUGGUGUCCCUCUGCACCUCUGGGCCUGAUGACUACUUCAGUGAUGAACUCAUAGAUGAGCUGCUUGAUAAGUUCACCACUUUUGGAGAGGUCAUCCUCAUCAGGUUUGUUGAAGAAAAAAUGUGGGUGACCUUUCUGGAAGGUUACUCUGCUCUGGCUGCACUCUCUCUGAGUGGCUCCACAAUCCUUGACAAGCUGAUUGACAUCCGCUUAAAGAGUCCAGGCUGGAUCAAGAGUCUGGAGGAGGAAAUGAGUGUGGAAAGGAUCUGUGGAAGCAUUCCCAUGUCAGCCAGCUCCACUCUGCUUGCUGAGGACGUGGAUAUGGGUGAUGACGAUUACGAUAUGGAAGGUGAUGUGGAUGAUGAGGUAGAAGACAUCCUCCCUCAGCACCUGCAGCCUGGAGCAGGCUCUGCUCCUGGAUCCUCUCCCCUUCCUUCUCCCCGUAGUAGCCCCUGUCCGUCCCCUACCCAUGGGGAACCUGCUGCUCCCAGCAGACCCAGUCGUGCAUCACAACCCUCUCGCCCAUCACAAGGGCCUCCUGUUGACUUCCAGCCAGGAGCCCCCACAGCUCAAAGCAUGGAGCCCAAACGACCACCUCCCCCUCGCCCCAACGCCCCACCACCCAGACCAGCCCCACCUCAACGCCCACCACCACCUUCAGGACCAAAAAGUCCCGCUCUUCCUCGGCCAGAUGCUCCUGCAGGUCGAGGUCAGACAGCAGCUGGAGCUCCUGGUCCUUCCAGACCAAAUAUUCCUGCUCGAGCUGGAGUGAUCAGUGUUUCCCCUCAGUCUCGCCAACCUCCUCCAGCUCAUCCUGGAGCACCAAGGCCCAUCCCCGAGGUGCAUCCUGGGGCCCCUCGGCCUAUCCCAGACACCCACCCUGGAGCCCCACGGCCUGUGCCCACUGCUCAGGCCAAACCACCUGACCUGCCUAUGGGUCCUCCCCCCUCAGGACCCCCUCCUACAGUGAAACCCCAGGUUCAGUCGCCCAUGAAGCCUCAGCCGGGUCCCCUUUCCACACAGUCUCAACUCCCUCCACCAAUGCAGCCCACACUUCCAGCUCCUCUGCAGCCGCAGCAAGCCGCUGCUCCUACAGCAGCAACUCCACCUGCUGGAUCCCCUUCCACCACCACCACCCCUGCUGGGCCUCAGCCCAGUCUGGCCUCUCCUAAACCUCCACCUCGUUCCCGCUCCUCUCAUGCUCUGCCGCCUGAAGCUGCCAAGUCUGAAACAGCCCCAGCUGCACAGACGAACGGACUGAAUGGAUUCCUUAAAGAAGCACAACUGAAGCCUGACCCCUUUGACACGCUUACACCUGACUUUCUCUCCUCCUCCUCCUCCCAACGUACCAUCCAGUCACUGAACAGAGGCUCCUUCCUGCGUUCUCCACCCUCCGUUCCUCCAUCUUCCUUUUCCUCCGCCACUCUCCCCUCUUCCUCCUCCCACCAGUUAUCCGCUGUAUCCGACCUCCAGUUCCUGGAUCCACCUUCUUUUCCCUCGUUUUCCACCCCGUCCGUGCUGCUCCCGCCUCCUCCAGCCCCCUCUCGCAGUCGUUCUCAGGAGACGCUGCACGCCUCCCCCAACCCCUUCAUCUCCGACCCGCUCCCCGCCCGACCCAACAGCACCAACCCGUUCACAGGCCCCCUGGCACAGCGGCAGCAUGAACAGAGGCGCCCGCUCACCCCAGACUUCAGCCUCCAACGUGAGAGCCUGCCUGCUCUAACUCAGCCACUCAUUCCCACCCCCGCACCAGCUGCUCCCCCCUCUCAGCUUGAUCCGUCCACGUCUCUGUUCAGACCCACAGCAAGUCAGAAUUAUUUGCUUCCUCUUGCUUCUGAGCCAUCCCCUGCCCCCACUUUGCCCCUGGCUCCCCUUUCUUCACUUCCUCCUGCACUUGCACCACGUAGCCAUCCACCUCCCUCGGGAGGCAACCGAACGAGACCGUGGGUCACAUUUGAUGACGAUUUGAAUUUCAAACCCCAAAUCAAAACGCAAGAAAAACCCAAUUUCCUUUCCACUCCCCUCGUGUCCCAAACUCAGACUCAGCCGUCCCGCUCUGUAUUUGACUCGGAGCCAGACUGGUUAUCUUCUGCGCCUGAGGUAUUCCUGCUCCCUACCGUUCCCACUAGAACUGCAACCAGUACCCCAAAGCUCCCGGAGAGACCCGGUAAUAAUGGCUUCUUCCCCCGGGAGUCGACGGAAAGAUAAUAACCUUCAUCUUUACGGGGUAUAUUCAUAUAUGUAUAGAUCUAUGAUAAAUGUGUAUACGUUUGUGUGUAUGUACAAAGGAUUAUCUAAAAAGUAUAUCCAAAUCCAGAGUGUUUUAAACAGAGAGGUUUUCCUUCUUCCCUGAUAACAGCAUUUAUUUCUAUUUUAAUGUUUAUUUACAGCCGCAAA